AUGAAUUUGGAAUGUUUACCCAAUGAAAUAUUACUUGAUCUUUUUGAAUAUUUCAAAAUUGAAGAUCUUUUUCAUACAUUUUACAAUGUUAAGUAUCGAUUUAAUAUUCUUCUUCUCAAACAUUUUCACUCAUAUCAUCUUGAUUUUCAAUCUGUAUCAAAAUCUGAUUUGCAUGUUAUAUGUACAAAAUAUCUUCCAUUAAUUCGAAAUCAAAUUAUUUCAUUACGUUUUUCUGAUGAUGAUAAUACACCAGUACAAUCAAAAUAUAUUCCAAUUUAUUUUCCAUCGUUUCUUCAACUUUCUCAUUUACGUGCACUUUCAUUCUAUUGUAUUAAUUCUUCAAAUCCCAUGGAAAGAUUAAUAAUUGAAUGGCAUCAAUUACCAUAUCUUACGAUUUUAAGUAUAAUUAAUUGUAGUUUUACAAUGAAAAUUGAUUUUCAUACGAUUAUUAAUAGUAUUUGGAGUCUUGAUCAUUUAGUAUAUUGUUAUUUAAAUGGUAUUUAUGGUACAUCGACAAGUUUUAUUGCACCGGAUGUCACAUCAUUAUCAAUACAAUAUUUAUUCUAUCAACGUGGUUCUAUGGAUUGGGAUGUAUUACCAAAAUUACUGAAAAAUACACCUUAUCUUCGAUCUUUAAACACAAAUAUUAUAGAUUAUUCUGAGCCUGAAAAAGAACUCUCAUCUUAUACCACUUUCACGUUAACUCGAUUGAACGUGUACAUGCGAGUUACGACAAAUACGUUAUCUUUUUGGAAAUAUUUACCAAAUUUAUCUCAUCUAACAGUUAGUAUGAAACAAUUUUAUCUUGAUGGAAAACAGUGGGAAUAUAUUAUUCGAACUUAUUUACCUAAAUUAAAAAUAUUUCGUCUAUAUAUGGACUUUGCAGCGGACGACUGUAACCAGAUAGAAAAAUAUGUUGAUAGAUUAUUGAAUUCAUUUCGAAGUUCAUUUUGGCUUGAGGAACAUCAAUGGUAUGUUCAAUGUCAUUGGGAGAAAAUGCCAGAAUCGAAGGGAUGGCCAGGAAUAGUAUUAACGACUUUACCUAGUUUGAGCAAUGAUUCAAGCGUUCUCGGUUCAAGUUGUUAUAGAUCAACUUGUCCUGAUGAUAAUGUCUAUAAUUCAUAUGAUCAUGUAGAUGUUCUGUCGUAUUCACGAUUUUUUCAUUUACAUUCAUUUUUAUUUCCAAAUCUUCAUCACUUAGAUCUUCAAGAUCCUGCUAACGAUGAACUCUGGUCACAUGUUUUCAAUUUGCAAAAACUACGAAUACUUACGUUUUAUGCAGAUAAACAAUAUGAUCAUCCUGAAAAUG